CUGGGUUCAAAGGAACCCAGCACCAACGCCUGGGUUCCUCGAACCCAGGCGCGGGUCGAGGCACCAGGCGUGCUGGGUUCCUUCGAACCAAGCACGCCUGGGUUCCAUCGAACCCAGGCCCUGGGUUUGGCUCUGGCCGCCGAUGCUCCGGCUCCGACCCCGACGGCUGGUGUUGGCUCGUUGUCGCCGUCAUUUGUCUCGGCUGUCUUUGCCGUCGUCGUUGCUUUGCUUCUCGGCUCCUCGCUCCGGAUCUGAGCUGAGAUUGCUUACUGGCGGUCGUAUGCCAUUCGCUGAUUGUGGAUUCAUAGUCAUGCUUGAAUGGGAUUUAGAGUUUUGUGUGGUUUCUGAUUGCUUGAAUUUCCAGAUUUAGUUACUGUUGAUGUUGAUUGAAGGAAUGU